CUAAAUUUGAUCCAUCCAGAGAUGAUGCUUCUCAAUUUGGCUUAUUGACUCAAUAUGGUUCAGCACAAAUGACAGCAGGUAUGCCUUACCUUCCUCGCCCACAAGGCUUUUCUCCUAUACCAGCUCCUUUGAUGCCCUAUGGCCCUCCAUCUGGAUUCCCUCAUGGUCCCCCACCUGGCUUUCCUAAUGGUUCUCGCCCUCUUUACCCUAACAACAAUCUUCAACCACUCGUACAACCAUCCAUAUCCCCUUACGGUGCUUCCCUUGUAGCCAAUGUACCAACAGGACCUUCCAAUCGAACCAUCUAUUUAGGCAAUGUCAAUACAGACCUCACCCCUCAUGAUAUCCUAAAAUGCGUUCAUCAAGGUGCCAUUGAGACGUUCCGUAUCACUAAAGAAAGGCUUUGUGCCUUCCUUACAUUCAUUGAUCCUUCAGCAGCAGCCAUGUUCUUUCAGACCUAUACUACCAAAAAAUUUGUUGUCAAAGGCGUAGAACUUAAAGUGGGAUGGGGUACUCCCAGCGCCUUGUCUCCUGUCUUGCGACUUCAGAUCGAAGCAGGUGCCACACGCACAGUUUAUUUGGGUCGUUUAACCGAUAAAGAUACAGAAGAAACAUUGCGAGCAAGACUCAAGACUUUUGGUAUGAUUGAAUUCAUCCGUAUCAUUCGUGAUAUCAAUACCGCCUUUGUUCAUUUCUUAUCCAUUUUGUCUGCUGUCAAAUGCAAUUCAUCUUUAGCUUUGGAUCCUGAUUGGAAAGAAAAAACUGUGGGUUAUGGUCGAGACCACUGUACAGAUGUGUUUACUCAGUAUAACUUCUCGUUGGGUAUUCCUCCUGUGAGACCCAACAACAAAAACCAGCCUGUAGUCGAAACUCAUAUUGAUGCAGACGCUACAAGUAGUGUGUUGCGUACACUUUAUAUUGGUAACAUUCAUCCAGAAGCAACCUGUGAAGAUAUCUGUAAUGUGCUUAAGGGAGGCAAUGUCUUACAAAUCAAGUAUCAAAAAGACACGCAGAAUGCAUUUGUGUCCUUUGUAGAUGAAGAUGCUGCUCAGCGUGUCAAGGAUUUUCUUGAAAAGUACCAAAUCACUGUACGAGGUAGAAAACUCAGAAUUGGAUGGGGAAAACCUUCUACCAUCUCACCACGCGUUGCCUUUGCUAUCAAGAAUGGCGCUACGCGUAAUUUAUAUAUUGGUGGUAUUGAUCCCGAAGUGUAUACAGUAGAUAAGCUACGUACUGAUUUCUCUGACUAUGGUGAAGUGGAGCAAGUAAAUUUGAUUGCAGCUAAGAAAACAGGCUUUGUGAAUUUCAUGAGCAUUAAUAACGCCAUGACGGCUUUGGCUGCUAUCAAAAUGAAGCCUGAAUAUGCUGAUAUCAAGAUCAGUUACGGUAAAGAUCGUUGUGGAAAUAAGCCCAAAAUUACAAUUGCUAUGGAGAGAAAGGCAGCUAAACGAGAAGAAAAACUGACAAAUACUGAAAAUAAGGAAGUAGAAGAAAAAGACUCUAGGAAAGAAGAGGGUCAAAAAGUAGAAGAAAAAGACGCUAAGAAAGAGCAGGGUCAAAAAGCAGAAGAAGAAGAAGCUAAAAAAGAGCAGGGUCAAAAAGCAGAAGAAGAAGAAGCUAAAAAAGAGCAGGGGUCAAAAAGCAGAAGAAGAAGAAGCUAAAAAAGAGCAGGGUCAAAAAGCAGAAGAAGAAGAAGCUAAAAAAGAAGAGAGUCAAAAAGCAGAAGAAGAAGAAGCUAAAAAAGAAGAGAGUCAAAAAGCAGAAGAAGAAAAAACUAAAGAAGAAGAGGGUCAAAAAGCAGAAGAAGAAGCUAAGGAAAGGGAGGAUCAAAAAGCAGAAGAAGAAGCAUAAGUGUUGUAAUUUGAGCACCUUUCAGUACAAACAUAAUAAAUCGUUUUCAAUCAUAUAAAUGAAAAAUCAUUUUAAACUGAUGAUGCAUGAUAUAUGAAAGAUAGCCUUUAGAACAUACACUAAACAUGAUAUAAACUACCCUAUAUUCAUAGCUCUUAUUUAAUCACACUUUUUUUAUAGUAAAAGAUAUAUCCC